AUUACGAAAUGCCACCCAAAUCGCAGACAUCUUUUUGUUUCUCCCAUGGCCAUAAGUAUUGAAACUUGAAUUCGGAGACACACGUCCUGAGUUUUGAUACCAAGCAACAGAAGAAACCUACAGCCGCGAUCAAAUUCUCGCAGCUUAAUCUUUCGGUUCGUUCUUUAUUGGCGUACUUUCUCCGUAGAUUGGAAUUCAACCAGAUGGGGUCAUAAUGGUUUAAUUACCUGUAGUUGGUUACAUUGUGGAUCUGUUUAUCGGAUCUGAAAAUAUCAGGCGGGCUUUCAAUGUACAUUUUGAAAAGCUGUGGGAUUCGGGUGGAGCAUAUGGAAGGUGGAUCUGAGAGAAUCAGUCAACUAGAAGAGAGUCAAGGGCCACUGAUUUGUGGGAUUCCAGAUGACAUUGCUCUUUUCUGCUUGGCAAGAGUGCCUCGGAAAUAUCAUACAGUGCUGAAGUGCGUUUGCAGGAGAUGGAGAGACUUGGUUUGCAAUGCAGAGUGGCAUGCUUAUCGUGGAAAGCACAAUUUGAGUGAGACUUGGAUAUAUGCUUUGUGUCGUGACAAGUUUGAGCGAAUAUGUUGUUAUGUAUUGGACCCUGAUUCAUCAAGAAGAAGUUGGAAGCUCAUUCAAGGGCUUCCACCUCGUUGUUUGAAAAGAAAAGGUAUAGGUUUUGAAGCACUGGGGAAGAAGCUUUAUCUGUUAGGUGGCUGUGGUUGGUCGGAAGAUGCUACUGAUGAAGCCUACUGUUAUGAUAUUUCUAGCAACUCAUGGACUGAAGCUGCUUCCUUGUCUACUGCAAGGUGCUAUUUUGCUUGUGAAGUUUUGGAUGGAAGAAUCUAUGCCAUUGGUGGAUUAGGUUCAAAACUGAGCGAUCCACAUUCUUGGGACACUUUCGAUCCUCAUAAGAAUAGUUGGGAAUCACAUUCUGAUGGUAAUGUCAUUCCUGAUGUUGAAGAUUCCAUAGUAUUGGAUGGGAAGAUUUAUAUUCGUUGUGGUGCUUCUUCUGUGUCUUCUCACGUAUAUGCUGUUCUCUAUGAACCUUCAAAUGGCACGUGGCAGCAUGCAGAUGCUGAUAUGGUAUCAGGCUGGCGUGGUCCAGCAGUUGUUGUGGAUGGUACCCUUUAUGUGUUGGAUCAGAGUUCAGGAACCAGGUUGAUGAUGUGGCAGAAGGAUAAAAGGGUAUGGGUGGCUGUUGGAAGGUUGUCAGCAUUACUUACAAGACCACCUUGUCGGCUUGUAGCAACUGGGAAGAGGAUAUUCAUCAUCGGUAAGGGACUUAGCACGGUGGUGUUUGACAUUGAUAAAACUGGGAAUAUGGAAGGGGUACUGGUCAGUUCUUCCAUACCCAGGAUAAAUUCCGAGGAUGAUAUAAUCAGCUGCAAGUGUGUAGCAUUAUGAAUUAUUGGCGUUUGAGUCAUUUAUUAAUCGUUAGUUCAAUACAUUGUUGUGGGAUACUGGUUAGUCGACCUUCCAUGUACAUUAGUCAACACUCACUCAGUAAUGAUAUUCAAUGUAUAUUACUGAUAUGAAAAGAAAGGAAUCGAAGAAUUGCUAUUUGUUUUCAA